AUGAGACCAUCCGCGUACAUCUCCGUUACCUCCCAGGAUGCUGCUGAAGAGCAGGGUAGACGCGCAGAAGCAAUAGAGAUGCAGCGCCUCGACGAUGGCACCGGAUCUGAUAUACUGCAGCCCAAGACGGAGACUCGUAAAGCCGGGUUGAAAGAAAUAUGGUCAUCUUCUCCUUGGAAAGUAACUUCAGUUACUCUUGCGGCUAUCCUUGCGCUCGCCAUCAUUGUAAUCCUUGCUGCCGCCGCAGAAAUGGCAUCACAGAGCUACAUCAUGGGUCGGGACUGCUAUCCUAAUGGUCUUUGGAAAGAGAAGCCUGGUGCGACAUGGCGCAUCAUGGAUUCCUCGUACUUUUUCACGCCAAACCUCAGCUUUGGAGCCUUUACUUUCACCCAGGUCAAAGUCAUCGAUGUUGCUUGGGACGUCAUUGUUGGAAGAGGUGGACAGCUGCUGCUGGGUUGGAUCAACUAUCGUGUCUUCAACGAGUGGCUGGUGUAUCACAUGGAGAUGCAUUUCACGUCCUACAAACUCUACGCGGCUGUCGCGUUUGAAACGACGACUAUGGGUACACUUGGUGUGUUGGCAAGAGAGUUUCUAGCGUUUGGCAAAAGAACACGGCGCCGGUUCUUCAGGUGGCUUGCGAUGCUUUCCAUGUUGCUGUCGACGUUGUACGUGCUGUCGUUUCCGACUUUGAUGGCUGCCAUGACCGGUUACAUUACUACGUACGAGCUCUAUGUGGAAAACAUUGAGAGCAACCUCAUCGAAUGGGGUAAGAUAAAUCGGGUGAUGCACAUCAUUGAAGACGCGGAUAGAUUGGACUACGAGAAACCCUUGAUAAUCACAGAGGCCGAUCGGCCACUCACAAACGCCGUCAAUCUUUAUGUAGACGGGUUUACUUACUCUGAGUUCUACAUCGAUGAGCCUUCAAUAUGGGUAGCAGAAGAGACAAGGAAAUCUGUGGAUCUGCCUUCCCCAAGCCUCAAAAUCAAGAGCUUCAAGACCUACCCAGAAAAGAUAAUACCUCCACCAGACUGGUUUGGCCAAGUCCCAGUCGCUUUCGAGAUCCCUGCCACAGAUAUAUAUAGCACGUCGUACUUGCUUGAGCACGGCUCCUGUCAACCAAGCGAGACAUACCAGUGGGGCUUCUCCUACAUCUUCCUCUUUAUGGUGUCCAUAUUCAACUUCAUCUGGACAUGCAUCAUGAUAGGCAUGUGGCUCGAUACACGGAUGAGCUCGAGAAUGUACAAGAGUGGGCGAAGACCGGGGCUGCUGCGCAGCAUUAUGGAUUACUCGGCUGCGAUCAGGCAGGAGCUUGGCACCGAGGCUGAGUAUCUAGAGGAGACCGACUUGCGGAAGCAUUUGAAGCAGAGCGGGGGUGCGUUGAUAGUGCCGAGUGGGGAGCUCAGGAUAUCGCGGGCGGAUACUGGAGAGAGGGAGAUGAAGGAGAGGGGCUGGCGGAGGAGAUUGACGAAGGGAAGCACAUUUUAA